AUGAACCGAGUCGCGAUUCUUUGCGCGGCCGGGCAUGGGCGACUUCUGCUGCCUUCGAAUUCGGUUAGACAAUUACAAUUCGGACUUUGGUGGAACAACGAUGCCGGCUGGUUCCGUCGCAUUCGUGGACAAGGCGUUCGCCAAGAAAAGAUCUACGACCAUCUUUCCUUUGAAGACAGAGCUGACAUCAAACGGCAGUAUCCGUUCUUGUACAAAUUUAUUCUCAGAAGAAUGCGGGAUCAAGCAAGAGGGAGGAAGUAUUUUCCUAUUUUUCCGGACAUUCUCUUUUAUCUCAAGUUCUUCCUCCUGUACCCAACUCUAAUGUACAUGGCCUUCACCUACUGGGGACAGGGCCGAGAGCGAGCCACGACUUUUCGCGACACCCUGACCCGAGAUUUGGAAGUAGAGAAGACCUUCUACACGGAAACGACGCUCUCAACUAUCAUGAAGAAAACAAAGAGCGUUUACUAUCAGUUCUUGAACGUUCUGGGUCUUGAUCCGUUGAAAUUUGCAGAAAGAGACGUUAAAGAUGUGACACUAGAGGAUUUUAUCGAAGGAAGAACGGAAUAUAUUGAAGAAAGAAACAGAGAUACGACUUCGUUCUUGUCGAUUUUCGAGCCUGGUCGAGCGGUUUUGACAUCUGAUGGAACUGAGCAUUUUGGCCUGACCGCUUACUCAAAGCUUCCCCUACGAUUGCUUUCAAAAGCAUUCGGCGUCUUAGGAAACACCCCCGUCCCGGUUUUUCUUCGAAAACCAAUUUACGGUGCGUAUUCAAGCGCUUUUGGCGUGAAUAUCGAAGAAGCCGUCGAGUCAGAUCUUCGCUUCUACCCUUCUCUGAACAGUUUCUUUCGCAGAGCGAUCAAGCAAGAAGUCAGACCAAUCGAUAUGGACCCCAAAGUUGUUGUUUCUCCUGCAGACGGAAAAGUUCUCCAUUUCGGAAAAUGCAAAAACGGUCUGAUAGAGCAAGUAAAAGGCGUUGAUUACUCGCUGAAGCGAUUUUUCGGACGCUGGGAAGAAACUGGCUUUACUCUUUCAAAAACAACUGAUGCUCAAUUCGCGCAAAAUCUAAAAGUCCAUCCAGAAAACGAGCUCUUUCAAAUCGUCAUUUACCUAGCUCCUGGAGACUAUCAUCGCUUUCACUCGCCCGCCGAUUUUACCAUUACUUCCAGAAGACAUUAUCCAGGAGAUCUUUUCUCCGUCAAUCCGAAACUAGCUGCUUUUAUGCGCGAUUUAUUCGUCCUAAACGAGCGAGCCACAUUCUUCGGCGAGUGGGCUCACGGAUUUAUGUCCUACUGCGCUGUUGGUGCUACAAAUGUCGGUAGCAUCAUCUUCCACUACGAUCCAGACAUGGUGACGAAUAUUAACUCAGGGAGAAUUUUGUACGGAGCGCAUGCGGACAAAGAUUUUACGCUCAUAGAUCCGCGACUCCCUGAUGGUUUACCCGUCGAAAAAGGUGAAAUGCUGGGCGAGUUCAAUCUCGGCUCUACAAUCGUUCUCGUCUUCGAAGCUCCAAAAUCCUUUGAAUUCAACGUCAGCCCUGGCGACAAGGUCCUUCUCGGUCAGAAAAUCGGCGAAAUCCUCAAACCAAAGAAAUAA